AUGUCACCUCAGAGCGAACUGAAGCCUGCCAAGAAAAGCGCUGGUCCCGUGACGAAGAACUCGAUCGUGUUCGUGGCUCGCAGUUAUUUCGCGACGACCCCGCACGUGUUUAUGUUCUCAUGGAAACGCUGCGCAUCGUUAACAAUAAUUUUCCCUAUCGCCUCGAAGAAUAUGGUGAAUCUAUCUCAAUUCGUGAGCUCGUCUUUAAGGACGGAAUGCAAGCCAUUAUUAAUGGAAAUAUCGUCAGUCAGUGGAGUUGUAUGCAUCGACUAA